GUUAAAUGACAAUUGUAACCACCUGAAACAGUUUGAUCGACAGUACUUCGAUAACAGCUUUUUAAUGUCAUGGCAUCAUCCUCUAAUAGCGAAAGUUCAACUUUGACGUGUAAAACUGUUACGCAUGAACUGAAAAAUGUCAGUCUGACAGGACAACAAAAAGUGACUGUGUCAAAUUUUGAGCUUUUGAAAGUGUUGGGAACAGGAGCAUAUGGAAAGGUGUUUUUGGUGAAAAAGUUGGGAGGUCAUGACCAAGGAAAACUCUAUGCUAUGAAAGUUUUGAAGAAAGCAAGUAUAAUUCAGAAACAAAAAACCAUCGAGCACACACAAACAGAACGUCAAGUCCUAGAGUUAAUUCGACAGUCACCUUUCUUGGUGACACUACACUAUGCCUUCCAGACAGAUGCUAAGCUGCAUCUCAUCUUAGACUAUGUAAGUGGAGGAGAACUUUUCACCCAUUUGGCCCAUCGUGGAAAAUUCUCAGAAGCUGAAACUAGGUUUUAUGUUGGAGAGGUUAUCCUAGCUAUAGAGCAUCUUCAUAAGUUAGGGAUCAUUUACCGCGACAUCAAACUGGAAAACAUACUUCUUGAUGCAGAGGGUCACGUUGUUUUGACAGAUUUUGGAAUGAGCAAGGAGUUCCUGCCAUGUGAAAAGGUAUUUCGAUCAUACUCUUGUUGUGGAACAAUAGAAUACAUGGCACCAGAAAUGGUCAGGAAUAGUAAUUCAGGACAUGAUUUUAGUGUGGACUGGUGGAGUGUGGGUGUUUUGGUAUAUGAGCUGCUAACAGGAAGUUCACCCUUUAGCUGUGAUGAGGAUAAAUCUUCCCAUUCUGAGGUAUCCAAGCGAAUUCUCCAUUCAAAUCCUCCUAUCCCACCAACUAUCUCUCCUGAUGCAAGAGACUUGAUAAACAGACUGCUAGUUAAAGAUUCUAGGAAACGGCUUGGCAGUGGACCCAGAGAUGCUUCAGAGCUCAAAUGUCACAAGUUCUUCCAGGGUAUGAAUUGGGAAGCCCUUAACCAAAAGAAAAAUCCACCACCUUUUGUUCCUCAUAUCACUGGAGAGUUGGACGUUGGUAACUUUUCUGAAGAAUUUACCUCUAUGGCUCCAGUUGAUUCUCCUGCAGUUGUACCUCUAUGUCAAGAAAAACUGUUCAAGGGAUACUCCUAUAUUUCACCAUCAGUCAUGUUUAGUCAGAAUGUUAUAACUGAUGAUUUCAUAUACCCAAUACCAGAGGGUAGACCUGACACUUCUCAUCUCCUUGCAGCAAAAUUUAAGAACUCACCUUUCUUCCAAAACUAUGACCUGAUCAUGAAGGAAGGGCUCUUAGGUGAUGGAAGUUUUUCCAUUUGUAGGAAAUGCAUUCACAAAAGUACAGGAAAGGAAUAUGCUGUUAAAAUCAUUAGUCGACGUGUUGACAGCAGAAGAGAAAUAAAACUUUUGAAACUCUGCCAAAACCACCCUAACAUAGUAAAAUUCAAGGAUGUGUUUUGUGAUGAGGUACAUACUUACUUGGUAUUAGAAUUACUGAAGGGAGGUGAACUACUAGAGAGAAUAAGGAAGAAGACUUGCUUUACUGAAACCGAGGCUUGUCAUAUUUUUCGGCAGCUCGUCUCAGCAGUUCAUUACAUGCAUUCCCAGGGAGUUGUUCAUAGAGACUUAAAGCCAGAAAAUCUAUUAUUUGCCAAUGAAUCUGAGGGAUCCUUGAUUAAAGUUAUAGAUUUUGGUUUUGCUCGUCUUAAACCUCAGGGAAACCAGACAAUGCAAACACCCUGUUUUACACUGGAUUAUGCUGCUCCAGAGGUGUUAAAGCAAGCCCUUUUGUCUCCUACAGGGUCUGGUGGAGCAGGUUAUGAUGAAUCAUGUGACUUGUGGAGUUUGGGAGUGAUUGUUUACACAAUGUUAUCAGGAAAGACCCCCUUUCAAUCUUACAGUCAAGAAGCAAGUACAGAAACAAUUGUUCAGAAGAUCAGAGAAGGAGAAUUUUCUUUCUCUGGUCCAGCUUGGAAUGUAGUCUCUCAGCAAGCUAAAGAUGUCAUUAAAGGUCUACUAACUGUUGACCCAAAGCAACGACUGACCAUGGCUGAGCUCCAAUAUCACUCAUGGGUCCAGGGACUUAAUCCAGGAAUUUAUUCUGCUGCACCUCUCAUGACCCCAGAUGUUCUCAGUUCUUCCUCCUCUCCACGAGCAGCAGAGUGUGCAAUCAAAGCCACUUUCGACGCAUUUCAUUUGGCAGCUCGAGGAGGAUUUCACCUCCAAGAUGUUUCAGCAGCUCCCCUUGCUCAGCGUAGAAAGAAAAAAGGAAGUUCUACAGACACUCGACGUAGUUCAACCAACAGUACUUGCUCAGAGUGUUCAUCUUGUUGUGACUUUUCCUCAUCUUAUGCUUCCUCUCCAUCACCAUUAUCAAAUGGAGUUACAGAUUUGGCACUAACCAGUGAAAGUAUAAAUUCUCCUGUAAGAACUGGAGAUACAGAUUCUGUACUCUCUUAUGGUUUUAUUCCAACAAAAGAUAUGUUUAAGAAGAACAGCAGCCUAUCAAAACAAGAAACUAAGUCUAUUUGUAAUUCAGAACUUCUUUUGAUUUCCGAGUCAACUUGCAAAAUCAAUGAAGCAGCAAAACUGCCAUUACCUGAUCAACAUGAUUCUGCUGUAGGUUUCAGCCUGCAUUUGAAUAAUAAUAAUAACAAUUUACAAAGUUGUCCUGAUGGUCUGUGGUCAAAUCAGAAGAAUCCUGGUAAGCGUGAAAGUGAAAACCAAGAACAAGACUUGGACCUUGAAGAUCAUAGGCAAGUGAAACGUUCUCGCACUGAAAACAUUGUUUUGGAAUGAGAAAAAUAAUUUGUUUCUUACACUUAACAUAAAUAAGCCAAAAGUAGAAAUAAUAAUGCAUCGUAAUGUAAAAUAUCUGAAACAUAAUAAUUUUAACAAUUAGAAAAAAGAAGUUGUAAAAUAAUGAUGAUUUGCAGAUAGAAAAUAUUGAAAUUUUAUAAAGCAAAUAUUCAAAUUUUGUAAAGAACCAUAUAGAAAAAUAGCAAAGUGUCAAAUAUUAAAAACUAAAAUAAGGUAUAACAUUGAAAAAUUAGAGAAAACAUAAGUAUUCAAACAAAAGAAAAUAAU